GCCAGCCGUUUUUCUGUUUCUUUCCAAAGAAUUCUUCAGAUUCUUCCGUUUCCUUUCUCUUCUUCCAAAUUUUUCUUUCCCUUCCAAACCCUAAGGAAGAAAAUUUCAAAAUUCUCCAAAAAAAAUUCAAAAUCUGUUUGAAUUUCAAUUCACCCAACAAAACUCAAAAUCAAAAUCCAAUCCGCCAAUCAAUCAAUGCCAGAACCCAUUUUUUCUGAUUCAAUUCUUUGUUUGAUUUGAAAAACAAAAAAAUCAAAUGAUUUCAAAUCCAGAUCUAAUCCUUUACGCUUGCAUUGCAAAAAAAUCCACAGUUCUCACCCAAUUCAUCUCUUCAAAAGAAUCUGGAAUUGAACUCAUAGCUCAAAAAUGCAUAGAAAAAACCCCAUCUCACCAUUCUUAUUUCUCCCACACCGUCCGAAAAACCACCUAUUCUUUUUUAAUUACCGACCCAUUUGCUUAUUUCGUAAUUCUCCAUGAAAAUCUUGAUAAAUCCGAGUCUCUAUGGUUCCUUAACCGGGUCAAGAUCGCCUUCGAGUUGUUUCUUGAAUCGAGUAAAAACAAUCAUGAGCUUAGCUAUCAUUGUUUUCAGGACGAGUUUUACCCUGUUUUUCAGGAGAUUUUGUCGAUCGAUUCUGAUUUGGUUGAUUCUUUAAUGGAAGUACCUAAAGAGAUUAGAAACCCGAGUAUGGAUUCGACAGGUGGAAAAAGAUCAGUGGUUAGACCGUUGCUUUCGAAACCCGCGAAAUUGAUCAUGAAGAAGAAAAAAAGACCGGUUUUAGGGUGUGGAGGUUGCGUUGGAGAUGCGAAAUCGGUUGAUAAUAGUAAGAUAAGUGAGAAUGGCGGGAGUGUUUUGGCGAACGAGGAGUUUUCGGUUUCGAUGCGGAAAAACGGGGGCGGGUAUUAUCUCGGGGGCGUCCGGGGCGGAGUUGGGGGCGGUGAGGGAAAUAAGCUGAAGGCGAAGCAGAUAUGGAGAAAGCAUGUUUGGAUUGUUUUGAUAUUGGAUUUGGUUAUUUGUGUGGUUUUGUUCGGGAUUUGGUUGUGGGUUUGUAGAGGUUUUAAGUGCAUUGAUGGUUGAAUUCGGAAAGUUUCGGGGUUGAAUUAAGGUUUUGAAGAAGAUGAGGUGUUAAUUGGUUAUAUUGUCUGAUCUGAUCAAUCUCUUUGUUGUAUGGUUGUUUUAUUUAUCUUUUUUGUAUUGCCAGGAAUUGUGAAUACCUACAAGCUUAUUGUAUACAAAUGUGCAGGCUCAUAAUCUGAUAUACGAUCUUUCAAAUUGCAGAA